AUGGAACAACGAAGUGUACAUUUAUCUAAUUCAAUCGAUAAACUACGACAACCAUUAUCAUCUAGUAGUAAAAGUAAUAGCGACAAAAUGCGAAAAAUACGAAGUGAUAAAAAUUCUAGUAAUCAUAUCAUCGACAAUUCAAUUGAUAAAAAUGGACGAUUAUUGGUAGCUGCAAAAAGUUCAAAGUUGAAUUAUCAAAAUUUGAAAAGAUCCAAAAUGCUACUUCCGGAAUGUUUUCCAAUACCAAAAGUUUUGCCAGCGUCUUCAAGUCAUAUCGAUGAAUAUAACUAUGAAGAUGAUUUCGAAGAUUAUUCAGAUGAUUUUGAGGAGGACACUGAAACUGAUAAUAAUAAAAGCGAAAGUUCAGAUCGAGAAAGUAGUACGGAAAAAAGUAAUAUCGGUAGAUCCGAUAAGAUAGUAAACAACGAAUCGUAUGACAAUUCACCUUUGCUACGUCGUAUAAUGAAUCAUCAACAAUCUGAUAACUCACAGCCACAAUUCACGCAUUCUUCUGAUUUGACACAGCGAAAAAUUGAUUUUACAAAUGCUACAACAAUAAAUUGGGAAAAAAUUUCUGAGGUUGAACGACGAUAUAAAAUGCUCAAAAAUUUAAUUGGAAUGGAAAUUGUGCAAUUUGAUUUAUUGGAUCAUCAUCGAAUUUGCGCGCAUGAUUUUUAUGCGCAAAUGUUUGGUAAUACCAAUUACACUCAGGUGCAAACACAAACAGGUGAUGAUGACUUGAAUUGUUAUGUACAAACAGAAGAAGUGGACAAGGAGACAGUAUGGACACAAAUUCCAUAUUCAGAUCAUCAAGAUUGCGGUGUAGUGAGUAUUUCGAAUGAUAUCGAUUAUCACAAACAUUUUGAUAUUGAUGAUUCUGAAAUUAACUUUUUUAAAAUCGGCCAUUUUGAAAUGGAAAAAUUUCGGAAGUUUAUUUCUAUUGCUGGACAGGUUUUUAUUGAUAUAAUGCAAUCAUCAUCAAAUUGUACAGCUAAACUAUCAUUAGAAUACCGUACGUCGUCAUUUAAAUUUAGCACAGGUUAUAGCAAAUUUUUAUUGGGUGACUUUAUAAAUUCUGCUAAAAUUACAAGUAUAUUUCACUGGGAGAAUCAUUUGUUUGUGGCAUUUUAUAUUGAACAAACUUCAAAUGAUGAUAUGAUCAAUCGGAAUAUUAUUAUUGAAUUCGAUAUUUAUAAACCAAAUAUUCCUCAAAAAAUUUUACUUUGUGAAAAUGAAGUAAAAUGUCUUUGUACAUCACCGGAUGGAAUCAGUGCUGUGUUUGUUGGCCUGAAUGAUGGUAGUUGUAUGGCAUACGAUCUCAGAGAACAAAAUUCAUUGUUUACAAACAAAUUACGAUGGCAUCAAAACGGUGAAAUGUAUCCGUUAAGGACGGCAGCUUAUGAUACUUCCUUUAAGGCUUUCAAUAAGAAAGCAUUUGAGGAGGACAAUCAAUUUGCUAUUGUUGCAAUUAGCAAUAUUCCUUCUAACAUAAACAGUUCAGAAACAUAUCAAAUUGUUAGUGUUAACGAAGCUGGCAUUGUUAUCAUAUGGACAAUAAUUAAUGAAGAGUCAAUUCGAAUAAAUGAUCAUGAUCUUGGUUUACGACCUGGUGCACAAUUAAAAAUGGCGCAAACGUCGAUAAUACGACCUGAUAGAAUCCAUUUCAGUAAUUUAAAUUCAUCACGGAAGAUGACUGUUAAUUGUAUGGUAAUGGUACCAAUCAAUCCAGCACAAUUUUUUCUUGGUACAAGUCGUGGCAUUAUCAUCAAUUUCAUUUCAAACAAAGCAAUCAAAUUAAUUGGUCCACGAAUAUAUCGAAAUGAUUUCGAUUUGGCAACAGAGGUGAUAUGUAUUAGUUUUUCUUUGGAAUCAACCUUCUUUUUGGUUGGAUUCUCGAGUGGUCACAUAUCAUUAUAUGAAAUUUCUAAUGCACAACCGAUUUUAACUUUUGAAUCUUCAAAACAAGCACAGCAAUCAUUGCUACGAGUACUCUUCUCGCCAAGUAAUCCAUCCUUAUUCUACACAAUUCAUAGUCAUGGUUUAUUACUAGUAUGGGAUUUAACCAAAAGUAAGAAACCGGAAUAUAUGGAUGAUCUAAAUUUGAAAGAUGACUUGGUGAUAACAAAAGCUGAAUUACAAAUCACUUCCUCAAGCAAUUCAUAUACAAAUCUUUUGGCAAUCGGUUUCAGUAACGGAGAAGUACAGUUGCAUGAUUUGGCCAUCAAUCGUGAUAACAGGAAAGGGAAUAAAUCGUUAUCAAAUGUUAUCAAAGCAUUUCAGUUAGAAAUUUAA